CAAGAAUCAUGUAUGGGAAAAGGAGAAGAGAAAGGCGGAGUGAAAUGGAAGCUGGUUUGUCAUACUUUCCACUGUAUUUUGGGCAACUAGAACAACUCCAAGAGCAAAAUUUGCAACAACGUUGGCAGCAACAAAAACAACAAAGCACUAUUGAUUACCGGAGGCUCACCUCCUUCCUGGAAUACGAUGAUUCGUUUCUUUCUAUGUGGAACUGGAAGCCUACUGACACCAGUGACAACAGUUCAUCAUCACAUGGAGCAGAGAGCCGACGACUUUACAUAGAACUCCAAUCUGGAUCACUAUUCAGUCGUGAUGUUUUCUAUGUGAAAUCCGAAUAUAUGAAGUCUAAACUACCUUUUGAAAAAGCUUUUAAGUCCCAUGGAGAUUAGUGAUUCUCGAAACGCUGUGGAGAUUAGCGACUUUGAAGAAACUUCAG